AAUGCUUAUUCAGCAACGCUUGGACAUUUUCAUUCAUGGGUUAUUAGACAGACGUAAAACUAUCUCAUAGUAUUUGCACAGAUAUAUAUUUCUUUUUCUUUAGGAUACAUGCUGCAAUUACAUUGACAGUUCCUAAUCGUCAGACAUUACUCAAUAAAUUACUAAUUAAUCGAAGUCACGAUGAAAUCGAUACAUUUUGCGUUGAUAUUGUACAAUCGUGCAAUAAAGUCGAAAGUAUUACACAAGAACUGUAUGAAUUAAAUGACUUAACUAAAUUACCAUAA